GCAGCGCGGCGCAGAGAGCGGAUAUCCGGCUGGGGGCGGCUGACGUGUCCUUGCUGUGGGGGCCGGCGCCGGAGUUACACUCACCACUGAUUGAGCUAGGAGCCGCCGGGAUGAAGGUUCUAUUUGCUGCCUUGCUGGCCCUCCUGGCCGUGGCUCGCUGUGAGGAGGGGGCUCGGUUACUAGGCUCUAAGUCCCUGCUGAACCGCUACGCUGUGGAGGGUAAAGAUCUAACGCUUCAAUACAACAUCUACAACGUGGGAUCCAGCGCGGCUCUGGACGUGGAGCUCUCCGAUGAUUCCUUCCCACCUGAAGAUUUCGGGAUAGUCUCCGGCAUGCUGAGCGUAAAGUGGGACAGAAUCGCUCCCGCUAGCAAUGUUUCCCACACAGUGGUCCUGCGUCCCCUGAAAGCCGGGUACUUCAACUUCACCUCCGCCACCAUCACUUACCUGGCACAGGAAGGGUUACAAGUUGUGGUGGGGUACACCAGCGCCCCCGGACAAGGAGGAAUACUGGCUCAACGGGAAUUUGACAGAAGAUUCUCCCCUCAUUUUCUGGACUGGGCAGCCUUUGGGGUGAUGACCCUCCCAUCCAUCGGGAUCCCGCUUCUCCUAUGGUACUCCAGCAAGAGAAAAUAUGACACCCCCAAGCCUAAGAAGAACUGAGGAGAUUCCAUUACCCAAACACACGAGACUGUUGUACACGGCUGCCUGCCCCGGCCCAUCCCUACCCUGGAACCCCCUGUAUGUGGAGAGACGUCCACGGCCCAAAGACAGAAGUAACGUCGCACAAUCUGAUGUAUCUGUUACAAAAGUCCUCGUGAUCUCGCACAGCGCCACCGGUCUCCGUCCAGUCCAGAGCCUGCCGAGUGUCCUGGAAAACAAGCUCUCAGGUCUCCAAGUGACGGAGUAUCCCCUGGCCCUCGCCGUCUGAUGCAGAGACUGCUGUGCGCUUUCUGUCUGUUCCAGCAUUUCUUACAAAUGGUUUCUGGUUAAAUGAGUCCCGACAGUACAAUACGCGGCUCUGAUGCGAGUCCUUUCUCAUUCAGAGUCUCCUAGCUGAGAACAAUGGUGGGUUUUCUAAUAAAACGUGAAUGGGAAGA